AUGGGAUCAAUCAAGGAGAAUGAGAAUACAUCUCCCGAGCAGGAAGAAAUUCGAGUUUUAGUUACUGGUUUUGCUCCUUUUCGUUCGCAAUAUCCAAUAAAUCCCUCAUGGGAGAUCGUAUCUCGUCUCCCAUCAUAUGUCCCUUCGAAUGCUCAAGUUGAGGGGCACCAUCCACAUGCGAAACCACCCUUGCAAAAGGAACCGCGUCGCAUUCGAAUUGAUAAUUAUGAAGCACCGGUUCAUGUAGGAUACAAGGCUGUGCGGGAACUUGUGCCUGUACUUCUCGAUGAAAAUCCGAAUGGAUUUGAGCCUGAUUAUAUAUUACAUGUUGGGAUGGCAUCUGGUCGACCCUUUUAUAGUUGUGAGAGGCGUGGUCAUCGAACUGGAUAUUUUAUGCGAGAUGUGGAUGGGAAAAUAUUGAAUGAUGAAUUCGACAGAAUUAAGGAGGGGGACAAAUGGAUAUGGCAUGACUGUCCCGAAGAACUUUUGACGAGUUUGCCAUUCGAUAGGAUGUUUCAUCAAUGGAAGGAGGCUUGCCCUGAAGUCGAUAUACGCAUAUCCGAAGAUGCUGGUAAUUAUCUCUGCGAUUUUAUAUACUAUACCUCACUCGCACAUCGCUACAAGCAACAUCGACCUAACAAAGCAAUGUUUCUGCACGUACCGCUUGCUUCAGAUGAUGAAUCCAUACGAAAAGGCGUCGAAAUUACAAUUGAGCUGAUUCGGGCAAUGGUUGAAUGUGAUUUGAAAGCAAAGGACACUGUCGGGGACAAUAGUGAUUUCCCAGAAGAAAAGGAGGGCUUGUGA